UUUCCAGCAGCGCUUUGGAGGAUGCGCGAGCACUGCUGCGGCAGGAGAUCCAGCGCGAGCUCAAGAUCAAGGAGGCUGCAGAGCGGCUACGGCGAGCCGUCAGCAACCGGAAGAGCGCUGCCGAUGUGGAUGGCCAGUUACGUGCCUCCAGACGCAAGCUGGAGCAGCUACACUGGGAGCUACAGGAGCUCAAUGCCCGAGCCAUGGCCACCGAGAAGGACAACAACCCCACCAGUGAUGCCAUAUCACCUGACCCUUGUCAAUGGGAGGAGAUCACAUCCCCACUUGCUGGUCGUAUCCAUGCCCUCCAGAAGCAGCUCACCAUCGAGACAAAGGUGAAGCAAGGAGCGGAGAACAUGAUCCAGACCUAUGCCAGCAGUUCAGUUAGAGACCGUAAGAUGUUGUCCACGGCCCAGCAGAUGCUGCAGGAUAGCCGCACCAAGAUCGAGCUGCUCCGCAUGCAGAUCAUCAAAGUCACCCAGGCACGAGAGGGGGAGCGGAGGCCGCCGACCCAGAAGGUGAGGGCGGAGGAUGGGUCCCCUGUCAGUCCCCUGGAACUGCGGGUGGAGGAGCUCAGGCACCACCUGAAGAUCGAGGCGGCCGUGUCUGAGGGAGCCAAGAAUGUGGUCAAGCAACUAGGGGGACGCAAGGUGCAGGACCGACGAGCACUGGCUGAGGCACAGGCUCGUCUGCAGGAGUCGUCCCAGAAGCUGGAUCUGCUGCGUCUGUCUCUGGAGCGCCGUCUGGGCGAGCUGCCGCCGGACCACAGCAAGCGCACGGCCAUCAAAGAGGAGCUCACCCUGGGCGCCUCGCCUUCCGUGCAGAGGGACCGUGUGCACUCCACCGUCUCCUCUUCAUCCACAUCGUCAUCGUCUUCUUCUUCCUCGUCAUUCUUUAAGCCAGCGUCUCUGACGGGUCGUUUGGAGGUCAGGCUCAUGGGCUGUCAAGACCUGCUGGAGUCAGUGCCGGGCCGCUGUCGGGUCCCCAGCCUGGUGUCGUCCGCCAGCCCCUCGGAGGCCAAGUCCCUGAGGAUCCGCUCGGGCCUGUCUGGACGCAGCACCAACGGCAAGACUCUCAAGAGUGAUGAGCUCUCCACGGAGAUCAGUGCCAUGGUUAAGGUGGACAACAGGAUGGUGGGUCGCACACACUGGAGGCCACUCAGUAAGGAGUGCUGGGAUCAGAGCUUCAGCAUCGAGCUGGAACGGUCCCGUGAGCUGGAGAUUGCCGUGUACUGGCGGGACUGGCGCGCUCUGUGUGCCGUCAAAUUCCUGCGGCUGGAGGACUUCCUGGACAACCAGCGGCACGGCAUGUGUCUGUACCUGGAGCCGCAGGGUACCCUCUUCGCUGAGGUGACCUUCAUAAACCCUGUGAUUGAGCGCCACCCAAAGCUACAGCGACAGAAGCGGAUCUUCCCCAAGGAGAAGGGGAAGAACUUCCUGCGCGCGGCUCAGAUGAACAUCAACUUUGCCACCUGGGGCCGGCUGAUGAUGAGUGUGCUCCCGCCCUGCAGCGGCAACAUCACGGCCCUGAGUCCGCCGCUGUCUGGGCCCGACGUCACCUCACCGCCCUCCAACGGCAAGACUGCUGCCUCCACGCCACCCCAACUUGGGAACUCUGCCGUGGUCAAGCUGAAUUUCAGUGACGAGCGGCCGCCCAAACCACCACGCCUUCACGUGACCAAAACGCCAUCUGCAGACUCUCCAUCUCAGCUGAAUUCCAAAGUAAACUCCACAGAAGACAACCACCUAUCUCAAGUCAGACCUACACCUCAACCUGCUCCUAGGAAGAAGGUGGGAAUACAGAUAGAAGAUUUUAACUGCGUCUCAGUUCUCGGCCGGGGACACUUUGGAAAGGUCCUACUGGCAGAGUUUAAGAGGACAGGGAAGCUGUACGCCAUCAAAGCCCUUAAGAAGGGUGAUGUUGUAACCCGAGACGAGGUCGACAGUCUAAUGUGCGAGAAGCGGAUCUUUGAGACGAUCAACGUGUCGCGGCAUCCAUUCCUGGUGAACCUGCACGGCUGCUUCCAGACAAGUGACCACGUGUGCUUUGUGAUGGAGUACUCCCCUGGGGGAGACCUAAUGACUCACAUCCACACAAACAUCUUUACCGAGCGCCAGACCCGGUUCUAUACUGCCUGUGUGCUUCUUGGGCUGGAGUUCCUGCACCAGAACAAAAUUGUUUACCGGGACUUGAAGUUGGACAACCUGCUGAUGGAUGCAGAUGGCUUUGUGAGGAUUGCUGACUUUGGCCUGUGUAAAGAAGGUAUGGGUCAUGGUGACCGCACCUCCACCUUCUGUGGCACUCCGGAGUUCCUGGCCCCGGAGGUGCUGACGGAGAGCAACUACACACGGGCAGUCGACUGGUGGGGCCUGGGGGUGCUCGCCUACGAGAUGCUGGUGGGAGAGUCUCCAUUUCCAGGAGAUGACGAGGAGGAAGUGUUUGACAGCAUUGUGAACGAUGAUGUGCGCUACCCACGCUUUCUCUCUCCGGAGUCGGUGUCAAUAAUCCAGAAGCUGUUGCAGAAGAACCCAGAGAGGCGUCUGGGAGCUGGAGAGCAGGAUGCUCAGGAGGUGAAGAGACACCGCUUCUUCCAGGGUAUUGACUGGGAGGCUCUACUGGCCAAGAAGGUGAAGCCCCCAUUCCUGCCCUCCAUCAAGGGCUCGGCGGACGUCAGUAAUUUCGACGAGGAAUUCACACGCCUCAAGCCCGUCCUGACUCCACCCCAGACCCCCUUCCUCCUCACCACAGAGCAGCAGGACAUCUUCGCCGACUUCGACUUCUCGGCACUGCACUGAACGCUCGAACUGGACUAAUCGUCUCUCUCUCUCUCUCUCUCUCUCACUCUCUGCCUCUUUCUCUCUUUGCGUCUUUCUCAGCUCCUCUCUCUCUC